GGCAGUUUGUCGAAGUCAGCGGUUGUUUGCACGUGGUUUUGGUCCUGCCCGGGACCCAGACACAAGCCGGCCAGAUGCCAUGUGUGGCAUCAGGGCCAAAAAAUCGGGCCUGGGUGGAUACGGGGCCGGCCUGCUGGCUGCUCUGCUCGGAGUGAGCUUCCUGUCACAGCAUGCCCAGACCGCAGAACACGUCACCAACGCUGCGAAUAACACUACCAUCCAGAUCAUGAAGUCCACUCUAUCCCUGUCAGAGGGUGCCUGGCGGCUGGGAUUGUCUCUACAGUAUGUGGCAAGACCAAAUUCCAAGGGAAGAUCUAUGGCGGUCAGAUUGCAGGGGCUGAGCGGUGGCCGUGGCAGGCCAGUCUGCGCUUAUAUGGCAGGCACAUCUGUGGAGCAGUUCUCAUCGACAAAAACUGGGUACUCAGCGCUGCCCACUGCUUCCAAAGAUCUCAAGAACCAAGUGACUACCAUGUCAUGCUAGGCUACACCGACCUGAACAGUCCCACCAGGUACAGCAGGACGAUGUCAGUGCAGAAGGUCAUCGUUCACAAAGACUACAACAGAUUCCACACCCAAGGAAGUGACAUUGUCCUGCUGCAGCUGCGUUCCUCUGUGGAGUACAGCUCCCACAUCCUCCCAGCCUGUGUCCCUGAGGAAAACAUAAAAAUCCCCAAAGAGAAGGCCUGCUGGGCUAGUGGCUGGGGCUAUCUCAGAGAGGACGUGCGAAUUCCUUUGCCUAAUGAACUGUAUGAAGCCGAGCUCAUCAUCAUGAGUAAUGACCAGUGUAAAGGAUUUUUCCCACCACCAGUUCCGGGAUCCGGUAGAAGCUACUACAUAUAUGAUGAUAUGGUGUGUGCUGCUGACUAUGACAUGUCAAAAUCCAUCUGCGCAGAAGAUGCUGUGAAUCACAUCAAGUGACUGAUUACUAAUGAGAAGAAAGCAGCUGCCAGAAAGCUAGCCCCCAAGCCCCUCCUGUCUUCCUUUCAAUCUCCACACAGCAUGUUGGGUUUUUGCAGAACCCAGAACAGUGUUCAGGACUCACACGACCUCUUCCAUGGGCUCAGAGAUCAGCGGAGAGACUGACAGUGAACAGCAAGUGACAGGGAAUUUCGGCAGUGAAGCAUGCAAGUGAGAGUCCAAGCUACUCAGACUGACUGGCUGUUACCCAGGAGGGGCCAGUUGUUUGGGGACCUCAUACAAGCCUAUUCAGUGCAUACUUUGAAACCUCCAGAAAGGUACUCUGAGUUGAACAGGCUGGGCUCUUGUAUUCAGGUUUGCCUUCAUUGGAGACCUUGAAGAGAGGCCCAGCCAAGCAAGGAGGGCUGACCAUUAAGCCUCUUUAUUGUACAGCAUGAGAAUCCAGCAUAUUCCAGUGAAUCUGUUAUUUACAGGACACAACACCAAGUCAGAUGCCCACCACCCAGCUUUCUUGCUGGCACACUGUGGUGUAAUCAAGGGUGACAGCUCAGGAGGAGAGUCUAUCAUCGCACUUAGGAGCCUCAGCCCUUACCAGCCACACCCUGCAGGAGGAGGCAGAGCACCAGCAGGAGGAGGCUUGGGAUGCUGCAUUCUCUUGAUCCUCUGGCGCCUGAAGAAAGGAAGCUUUUCAGGUCUGGAAAAGAACACAGAGAAUAUACAAAAUAUAUGGCUACAGGACUGACCACAGGAACAAAGAGAUGUCUGUAGUUAUUCUCUCUAAAGCCGUCUUCUGCCUGGUGCCCCCUCGCCCCCACACACCCACCUCUGUGUGUGUGUGUGUGUGUGUGUGUGUG